GAGAACUGUGGUAACAACCGUUAGCUUGAAAGCGGACACAAAAAACUGCGAAAUCGAGGAGAGGGACAGCGCCCAGAAUAACUGUAAAUCUCCGCAAGCUGUCUGGACCAUCGCGGUGCAAUGAGACUCGGAACGUAUCCUGCGGGGGGUCGCGCGUUAAAACAGAGGACAUGUCCAUCAGUUUGUUAAAGCCACAGUGCUGCACUCAACUCUCCAAGCAUGCUACAGUAGAGACGGUCUCUCUUUACUUAGCAGCACGGUUUAAUCCAAGAGAAACGUGCCUUGUAAGGAAGCAGGAUGUUCACAGGCUCCACUAAACUGCCACUCACUAAAACGCCGCAGCCGGAGCGGCUGGACGAAGUGUACGCUGCCUUACGCCGGGGCUUACAGUCGUACUUGCAGGUCCACCAGCUGGAGCUGGACAGUUUGGGUCAGCAGACUAGAGAGAACAAGAGGAACGGCCGUUUGGGGUCUUUGUAUGAGUUGGAUAAGCAAGUGAAAGCCAUAGAGCGGUUUAUGCGUCGCCUGGAGUUCCACCAUAGCAAGGUUGAGGAGCUGUACGAUGCUUAUUGUAUUCAGCGGCGACUGCGUGACGGAGCAAGUAAGAUGGUGGCGGCCUUUAACACCGCCACUGGCAGCAAGGAGGCCCGAGAGAGCCUGAGUGAAGCCAACAAGGGCUACCGGGAAUGUACUGAGCACAUGUGCUCACUCGAGAGUGAAUUAGAAAGCCAGAUGGGAGAAUUUCAUGUCAAGAUGAAGGGCCUCGCCGGCUUUGCACGCCUGUGUGCUGGUGACCAGUAUGAGGUCCUAAUGCGAUAUGGGCGGCAACGCUGGAGGCUACGAGGCCGCGUGGAAGUCAGCAACAAGCAGAUAUGGGACAGUGAAGAUUACAUCUUCCUACCUCUUGUCACAGAAUUGCUCUCAAUCAAGGUGACAGAGCUGAAGAGCCUGGCCAAUCACGUGGUGGUGGGCAGCGUUUCCUGUGAAAUGCUCGACCUGUUCUGUCCGCUUCCCCAGACGCUCGCCGUGGACAUCAACGACCUCGGGACAGUGAAGCUGAACCUAGAGGUCACCUGGAGUCCAUUUGAUAAGGACGACCAGACGUGCUCCAGCAGUACAGUUUCCAAGCGUCUGCUGUCCAAUCAGAGCCCUCCUGACACGCCCUCCAUGCGGGAGCAGGUGUUUUAUUCUCUGUUAAAACGACAGGGCGAAAUGGAGAACGGGACCGUCUGGUCCAACUCCUCCGAAUCCUCUGACGACUCCUCCAGUCCGGCCUUGGCCCACCAUGCUCACCGGCUGACGCCCUCCAACAUGCUGCAGACCAAUCUCACCCCUCAGCUGUCCUUCAUGCCGCCCAAGUCCAGCGCGUCGACGCCGUCGCUCUCCUCUAACCAAGAGGAGGACGAGACGGAAGCCGGGGAGGUUUUCGCUCAGGCCGACGCGGUGCCCAACGGCCAUCUGCAGACUUCCUGCUCUCAUAGUCCAGACUGCGCCGCGAGCGAUAGAGCGUCUGUGCAAUCAGCCGACCUCUCUGAAUCCUCAGCUGCGCUGAGCUGCUCGUGCCCCGACGUUUGCCCCGUACCCCCCGGGGCGCUGAUCGAGGCACAGGAUUUGUCUGAAAGUGGAGUCCCACAAGUUUGCAUUUUAGCGGUAGAGAAAGGAGAUGAUGACUCAUCGGAGGCUGGACAGCCCAAAGCGGAAACACCGGAGAGCGCCGCUGGAGCAGCAGAGGGGCGGCGGGUAGAAGCAUCAGAGGAACGCAGUGAUCCACAUCAGUCCGUCCAGGAGGAGUCAAAACCAGCCGAGGAGGCUCUGGUGGUUUCUUUCCCCACGUCUUCUAGCUUCAACCUGGAAGUCGAGACAGCCCUUGAAAGUUUUGACUUCCUCAACUGCUCCGAUCUCGAGGAAGAAGAGGAGGAAGACGAGUUACAACAGGAAGAGAGAGCGAAAAAUGAGGAGGACCAAAACAAAAUGGGGGAUGAGAGAGUGGAGGAAGAAGAUAAGGAUGGAGGAAACUUUUACUCUGAAAGAAGCGACGAGGAGGAGACCGAUGCCUUGCAGAUACUCAUGGAAGCCCCGGAAGGAUUCAGGAACUCGGAUGAAGAUCGUUUCUCUGAAUCACAGGAGUCAAGUGUUGGGGACCCGCAGGAUUUGAUGGAGAUGCCCGAGGAGCACAACGAGGAAAAGGGAGACGACCAACGCGGAGAGGCCACGUCACGUGGUCGGGAGGAGCGCCCCCCUACUCCCACCCAUUUGACCACUACUGUCUUCUAAUGACACAGUGGAACCAUAGCUAAACCAUUCCCCCCCCCCCCCUGACUUACUCCUGCCAUCUGCCUGUUACACUCCUCAUCUCACGAGGAUGUUCCACUAACUGCUAAGACAAACAAGCUCUUCCAUUGCGGCAGAGUUUGUGCACAUAUUUGCCUAAAUAAACUUUGAGGUGUGCCGAAAUCCCCCCCCCACCACCAAAAAAAAGAAUCCCCUCAAAGCCCUCCUAUUUUUCAACACACAAUCCAUCACGUUGCCUGGUUCAAAGUGGGCCACCACUUAGUUUACAUUUCCAUGAACUGUUCCUGUCGUGUGAACAUUCAACGUCCAAAACAUUUCAGGAGCAGCUCAAAGCGGCCUUGUUUAUGGCUUUAACAGAGCAUUUAUUAGUUAGAUUGAUGGAUUUCUAUCAACUACAGAGAAGCCUACAAUCACUGAGUCGCACCAAGUUUUCUUUCCAAGCUAUCAGUAUAUGUGGAGGAAACAAACAAAGCAGUGUUAAAUCCGUGUACAGCCCAGAGCUUGUUUCCCUGUUAACGAGAAGAAAAAGACUUCAUGAGCAUGUGAUGUUUGUCUGAAGAUUGUCAUCGACGUGCUCUGGUCAUUAAGUCAUUUUUAAAUCCUGGAUUGUACCCUGACAAUAUUUUUAUUUUUAAUACACACCUUGAAUAAUCCACAAUUACGGAGUGCAGAAGUUGCAUUCAACAAAAGGAACAUUUGGACUGAAUAUAAAUAACAAUCUUGAGUUUCUCCUCAAACCCGCUUUGGUCCAACAUGAAAACAACCUGCAGUGUAAAACUAUAUUUAAACCUGCAUGUGUAGCUGCCGCACACUGGCAGCAUGUCUGUAUAAAAAGCUCAAUGGAUCAGUUUGAGUGUGUGAGCUAAGCUCCGGUGCAGGAAGCCAUCAGGUCUGUAGAUGUGUUCAAAAAGCCGCCACCCGGGGGCGCUUUGGUCGUUCAGCAACAUGUUUUACCUUGUUCUACAAACGCCUCGUCAUUCAGAAAGUGCCUCAAGUGACAGAAGAAAGGUUUAAAAUGCCACGACAGAAGAGAUCAGGCAAAAGUGUUUAUUUUCUGAAUUACUUUAAGAGUGUGCACAAUAAGAGAUAUUUACUGUUUCAUAUAGAGAAGUGUAUAUGUCUUGAAAUGUUAAUGUUUAUGUCAGAAAUGUUUCAACUUUAUAAACGGUUUCUUUCAAAUGAA